AUGGCUGUACCCCGGAUCACAUUAUAUUUGGAUGUCGUUAGCCCGUUCGGGUAUAUCGCAUUCCAUGUACUGAGGAAUUCCCCCGUCUUCGCCAAGUGCCAUAUCACUUAUGUCCCGAUCUUCCUGGGAGGACUGAUGAACGCCUGCGGGAAUACGCCUCCCGUAAAUAUUAAGAACAAAGAUGCCUGGAUCGGAAAGGAACGGCUCCGUUGGGCGCGAUACUUCUCCGUUCCCAUGGUUGAGAGCACCCCGGAAGGCUUCCCGCCGAUGACUUUGGCGACAGAACGCGCGCUCUGUGCCGUCUCGGUGAAGGCGCCGGGGAAGCUUGUCCCGACUAUCGAGGCCCUCUAUCAUUCGUUCUGGGUGCAGGGGAAUGCUAAAAUCGGACAGGUCGAAGGCUUUACUCCGGUGCUAGAGAGUGUCUUUGGGAAGGAUGGGGCUCAGGAAAUUCUGCAAGCUAUGGGCCAUGCAGAGGUCAAGGAGCGUUUGAAGGCGAAUACAGAUCAAGCGUUUAAAUCCGGUGCUUUUGGUAUUCCAUGGUUUGAGUGCACCAAUGUUAAGGGCGAGACGGAGGGUUUCUGGGGCAUUGACCAUCUCGGCCAAGUCGCAGACUUUUUGGGCCUGGAUCGCGGUCCAGAUAGGGGAUUCAAAGCAGUUUUGUAG